CGUUAUAAGUAUAUUAAGUUUGAGGAAAAAAAAUGCGGUCGUUAAAUUAUAUCGUACCAUUGUUGUUGACGAACCUCGUAACGACGACGCCGUUACGCGCCGAAAGUUUCGAGACGUUCGAGGAGGUCGUCAGGAGGGCGAUGUGUGAUCUCGACAAUUCUGACGAGGCGAAAAACUGCGAUGAGACGAGAAGAGAGAUAAAUUAUCUCAACGUGACUGCAGACGCGAAUGUAACGUUCGUUUGUCGGGACACAAAGUUCAUUAGGAUGGUUCAUAAUCCGGGAACUUUCGUCAUUGAACGUCGUAGUGCGAAGAAUGCAAGUUGGACGAAACCGAUUAUCAGCAACGAGACGACGGCGAAUAUACACGAAUUGCGAUCGGGGUCAAACUAUUGGUUUCGUUUACACCGAAUAUCGGCGAACGGAGUUUCCAUGGCAGAAAACACAGAAUCGAUCAGUACGAUGAGCGACACUGCUCUGCCACAACAGGUGACCAAUAUUACAUACGGAAAACCGGAAAUUGAUCCUAAAAAUCCGUUCCUACUGCAAUCGGAAAUAAGUUUCAUACCGGCCAAAGAUCGCAGCUGCUAUUACGACAUUGCACUUUUGCUACCAUCGAACAACAAUCAGUUCAGAAGUUUUGAGGAACCGACUGAUUACAAGGUGACUUUCGGAAAGUUGGAAUUUUCAAAAACGUAUACAAUCCACAUCACGGCAUCGACCAAUAGAAAGAUGUCAAGCCCUCCAGCCACAACCACUCUCAAAACCCCUACGUGCCUUAAAUUUCACAAAAACUUGACCAUAUGCGCGCCAGAUAUUGUGGAGGGUUUGAACGCAACGGCAAUCCACAAGUACAGAAACAUUUACGACGUGAAGGUGACUUGGCAGAAGCCUGAAUUAAUUCCGGACUAUUACAUGGUCCACUUGAAUCCAAUUACUUCCAAUUACUCAGGACCAAUUAAUCGCAACGCUUCCGGUACGGCUACCGAAGUAGUCUUUUCGGACGUUCCAAUAUCGGACAUAUACCACGUUAUGAUAAGAGCCGUUUCUAAGCGUGGUCAAGGCGAGAGCCUCCAGGACCAUUUUUUUGUUCAGCAAAUACUCCCGGACAAGCCUGAAGAACCGUCAGUUAUAUCGAACGUAAGCGCUGUCAUUGUGACGUUAUUGGCAAGUGCCGUUUUAGUUAUGGGAUCCGGGAUAUACGCUUACCACAGGCACGCGAAACGGAAGCGAAAUCGAGAGAGGUCCAAAUAUUUUAAGAAAAUUCAAGAUCUCGAUCACAAGGACACGGACCUAGACACGAUCAAGGGCGUCGAUGACGGGGAUCCUCAUCCAACCGGCGUCGGUUUCAAGAGCUUAUUGGCACCGGCUGACGAGUACGAGAUAAAUCCUGACCGUUUAGAGAUCAAGAUAGUCCUCGGGAGCGGUGCUUUUGGUGUCGUGAGGCUUGGAAGCCUGCGCGAUGACAGAGGCCAGACGACUCCUGUGGCGAUAAAAAUGUUGCGAGACCAUCCGAGCGAAGAGGAUCGGCGGUGUUUCGAGCUUGAAAUAAAAAUCAUGAAAUCUGCCGGACAACAUCGGAACAUCGUUUCUCUCCUUGGAUGCUGCACGAUCGGUCAGCGGCCUCUUCUCGUUGUUGAGUAUUGCUCCAGGGGUGAUUUACAGUCCUUUUUACGCGCGAUAAUCCAAAAGGCCACGACUUCGGCGAAGGAAACAAAAAAUGGUACAAAGGCAGAGAAGAACACCGAUGAAGUGAUAUUUAAAUUUCCAAACUACACCGAAGACGACGUUCACAAAUCGAGCUUCGUCGUGAAUCGUGGAUACGCGGUUGACCAGGACGUUCUUCGCGACCCUGACAUGGUGACGGUGACAGACCUGCUGAACUUCGGCCGGCAGAUAGCGACGGGAAUGGAGUUCCUAUCAUCGAACAGAGUGGUUCACAGAGACCUGGCAGCCCGAAACGUCCUCGUAUGCGACGACAAGACCGUCAAGAUAUCGGACUUCGGACUGAGCCGAGACAUCUAUCAGGAGAACAUUUACAAGAAACAGGGAAACGGACGACUUCCGGUUAAGUGGAUGGCCAUCGAGGCGCUCACUCACCAGGUCUACAGCACCCACAGUGACGUAUGGUCCUUCGGAAUUCUCCUGUGGGAAAUAGUGACUCUGGGCUGCAGUCCGUAUCCGGAAAUACCGACGAACAAGGUACUGACCAAAUUACGAACUGGGUACAGGAUGGAACGACCGGCCAACUGCAGUGUUGCUCUGUACAACGUGAUGCUGUCCUGCUGGCAAACGAAGCCCAAAGAUCGACCGACCUUCGAAGCCCUGCGACAAGAGCUGGACAAAUUGCUCUGCGUAGCUGCGGAAAACGAGUACCUUGAUCUGAACGAUAUAUCGAAAGGGACGCCGCCUGAAGAGAAAAUAUUGAAAACCUCGAAUUCGCGUUCCACUCAUUUUGAUCAGCAAAGGAGAUACGCCAACGAGCUUGAGCCGAAAAUCGUUAAAGAAUGAACCUCUGCUGCGGCCAACUCGAGAACGAGAAAUUAGCUCAAGGCUGGGACCGAUACUCUUGAACCGAUGGAGGUUCGGGCGAAGAUAGUAAUUAGAGCGUGGACACUCUGUAAGCUAUGACGAAACGACGCGGUCCAUAUAAGCGAUAGUGAAAUUUACGCUAGAGGCAAACUUCUCGACCCGUCAAAUUUAUACAUCGAAGAAUUCUCUCGCACGUUGCAGGGUUCUCAGAGAGUCGGUAAGAAUUGUGAAUGCGAUUGACCCGCCGCGAUUUCGGUAUCUUUGAAACUGAUUUUUGUCAAGCCACGUGAUACUGUCGGUGUCAGAUACUUUGUCAGCUUCUGAGAAUACGCGAUAAAUAGACAGUGUAUUUAGAUUUUGUACGGUUUUCAAUACUGCCUUGAUACGAUUUUUAUUGAAUUAUUUUUUUAAUUCUACUUUACUGACUUUCAAAUAGUAUGACGAAGCUUGCAUAACGUUAGCACAGAAACAAAUAGUACAAAUUCAUGUAGUACAGUUUAAGUUCGUUUUGACUUCUGAUAGAUCGUAAAAUUGAACCGAGGAGCAUCCAGGUGACAUGGCGAAUAGCGCGGUUUUCAUUUGUUCGAUUUUGAGAUCAUGUGAAAUUCCAAAAAUGAUGUCUACUGUUGUGUGUGUAAUAAUUUUACUGAAAAAUUUCUCUUUUCGUCGUUCGCACCUCUGGCUCCGGUUGAAAUUCAUCUUGAAUUCGAAAAAUUAAAAAUUUUCCAUCUCACAAAUCAGAUUUAUAUGAUUGCUUAAGCGUGCGGAAAGCAGGAUUUUAUGCAUAACAAUUUGCACAUAAACACAGAUGAAAAGUAGAGAGAAGUGAACCAAGCGACUUUAACUUGAUUUCAUACAAAAUUGCAUGUGAAUUGCUGACAAUGGUUACAGUGCUCCUGGAUUAUUUUAAAAAUGCUCGUAAA